AUGAGUGAGACGCCUGUGUGUUGUGGGCAGCGCAUGCUUGCUUGCUUCCGUGAACAUGCCAAUUGAACUUGGGAAAAGGAAACUUUAGCGGAGCAGCACACAUGAAUCAUAACUAACUAGCUAAAUACAUUUAUAGAAUAGCGACAUAAAAUAAAAGCACCAUGGGUUUUAUGCUGUCUAAAUCUAUGGACCAGAACUUCAAGAAGCAGCAGGAGUUCAUGCUGCACAACGCACGGCUCCAGUGCCAUUAAGAAGAAGAAGCCUGUUCUCUUUGCCCCUGUCGUGCCUCUCAGUUUUGUCCUGGCCUAUCAGAUGGACAUGGCGUAUGGAACGCUAAUCUACCGAAUGAGGGGAGAGGCGGAGAGCAUCAUGGUCUCAGAACACGACCGAUUGGACCUUCCACACGGUGUGCCCAACUUUGAGAGCAUUGAGAAGGCAAGAAGAGCCAAGACCGCCCUCGGCUCCCUCUUUGAGAAAUGACACUGUCAUGAUGGGUGUGUUGUCCAGCGUCACACCCCUCUGAUCUCCACCCCUGGAAGUGAGUGAGUGAUGCUCCUCGGUCCCUAAGAUCAACGUUCAUCAGGUCUUCACAUGCUAUCGAAAUGAUCGGAAACUCUGUAAAUACAAGUACCUAGUUAGAUAUUUUAGCGUUUCUGAUCAUUCCGAUAGCACAUGAAUACGAAAUUACACAGCCAGCCAUGCACAUAGGACACUUAUUGGGCUGACCUAGGAAUGACUGUUGUGAUCAAAAUCUGCCUUGUUUUAGAAUUAUCUACACCAGUGGUGUUCAGAUAUAUAGUUAAUGGAAAAUGGGUUUGUUUCAUUUUAGCCUUAGAAUUUGUGGCCACAUUAAAAUGGACUUCAAAUGCCUAAGAUGUAUGGUAAGCAGUCACUACUCAACCCUGCACUACUGUCAAAAGUUUGUAAACGUUGUGUAAAAGAAGUCGACACUACUAAUAAAAUAUUAUUGUCUGUACGCAGGACCAUGUGGAUAUUUCUCAUGACAAAGUUUACUUUCUGGAAUAGAAAAAAAUCAUAUCAAUUUCCACUAUCACAGUACCGGUCAUCAUUUACUGCAGAUGAAGAUUUGAUUGGAAGCAGUCGAGUGUAUAGCUCUGAGCUGUUUCCAAACACCAAAUCUGAACAGUGACAUUUCACUGUAAUUCUGCUACAUAAAAGGACUUAUACCCAGAAUAUGUAUAUAUAAAAAAACAAACAUGAAUUCAUUAAUUAUUAUGUAUCUAAAGUGUGUCUGGAAUCCUUUUCUACACAUUCUUUGUGUGUGAGAGAGAGAGCAUGCACACGCGGCUAGGGAAGUAGGGGUUCUGAGCGUGUUGCAGCACCCCCUGAUGAAUCAGAAUUUCAAGUUGUACAAAAAAAACAAUUGUGGGGGGGAUAUAUAUAUUUUUUCUUACAAAAGUAGUGCACUAGGACUUUACUAAUCGUGUAUGAGAGUACCAAAAAAUGUAAGCACCCCCACCCCUAAACUUCUUCCAGGGCCACUCUUGCAAGCCUGUGUGCAAUUGUUGGGAGUUGUUAUCAGGCGGAGGUGGAUGGAGUGUAGAGUAAUAUGACUCACACCCAGGAUGGUAAUGGUGUGGGGUUAGUGACUAUAAAAGAUGGACCAGUAGCAAACAGACCACAAGAAGAAUCACGGGAUAGUGAGAGGUACCUAAUGACAUCCUAUUGAAGUCUACAUUGACAAGAGAACGUGGACUCACUGAACAGCAUAGCAUCUCAGAACACACCUGCACCAGGACCACACACACUGUAGGGUAACUUUAGUUCAUCUCUCUCACAAGGAAACCAGCUCUAAACUGAAAAUGCUACCAAAGCUUUCCUUUGUCAUCCUUGUGUGUGUUGGUACUUUGUCAAUGUGUACAAGCACUCAAAGCCUAUCGCGAGACAAUGGGAUGAAACUGUGCGGCAGAGAGUUCAUAAGAGCCGUUAUCUUCACGUGCGGCGGGUCCCGUUGGAAACGGUCCUUAGAUGAAGAUUUGGAUCGCUCCCAUAGUGAUGUCCGAGAGGGCGAGGACAGCAGACUCAACUGGCCUCAUGGUCUGGACCAGGCCGCAGUAGCAGACCACCCUCUCCAGCUCUCCUCCUCAUCCCCCACCUCCCUGGCUGAACUCCUCUCACUCCUGGGUGGAGUGGGAUACCAUAGGGGGUCCGCGGCCAACCUUGACCCCAGUGAAGAGCUCCAGAAUCAUGCAUCGGUGUUGGGAGGAGUGGGGGGAGCCAGAGAGCUGGCCAGGAGCCCAAGCAUCAAUUGGCAACGCCGCAACAGGCGAAAGAGCAACUUUUCCUUGGGCGUAGCUGGCAUGUGCUGCAACCAGGGUUGCACUAAGAAUGACAUUGGGCGUCUGUGCUGAGACUGGGGCAGUGGGCAACAGGAUGGUGGAGGUAGAGCUGCCCUAGCCUGGGUUUAUCAUCUGACCACACACCUCUCUGUGUUAUUGGAGUGUGGGUGAAAGGUUAGCUGUUUUCUUUUAACAGUGUUUGACUAGGUUGUUGAUGAGAGAAAUUUCAACACAGGCUGGCUCAGGGGUUCCCAAACUCGGUCCUCAGGACCCCAAGGAGUGCACGUUUGGGUUUUACCCUAGCACUACACAGCUAAUUCAAAUAAUCAUCAAGCUUGGAUCAUUCAAAAUCAGCUGUGUAGUGGUUAGGGCAAAAAACUAAAUGUGCACUCCUUGGGGUCCCGAGGACCAGGUUUGGGAAACGCCGGGCUAGCUGUUUAAAUGGCUUCGUACGCUUUUCUGUAUAAUGUGCAAGGCAAAUAGUUUGCAAUUGCAGUUUGCAUGUGUUAUUGCUCAAAUGUUGUUUCAUCAUUAAAUGAAUUACUGAAGCAAGAGCACUUCCCUGAGAAAUACAAUUGUUUGAAUGACUUAAAAUGCAUCCCCACCAAGAAUACCCCAUUGAAAUACUGUGAACAUAUGUUAAGUGUAUGUAAAUGUGCAACUCAUUGAACAUCAAUAUAAAGUCUAUUUUGGAAAUCA